AUGAACACUAAGGAUAUUAUUUGUCAAGUUCGAGCUUUAUAUCCCUAUGAACCCAAAGAUCCCUCUGCAUUGUCAUUCAAGGCUAAUGCCAUCAUUGAUGUCUUUGCACAACUGGAAUCAGGCUGGUGGGACGGUUGUUGUGAAGGUAGAAGAGGAUGGUUUCCUAGCAAUUAUGUAGAAAUUCUCAAGCAAGCGCCAUCAGGCAGACGUACCUUGACGGAUCAACAUAUGAAAGAACAACUUCGUCUUAGUUUACAUGCAUCUGACAUGAUAUUGAACAAAUCUAAUGCACUAGUCAGUAGCAACAGUAGUCAUAGCAACAAUCAAUCAGAGUGGAUCCUGCAAACGACUGAAGACGGAUCUGAGCAGUAUUACUAUAAUAUUCGAACACACGAAAUGAGACAUUCGAUUCCUCCUGAAGGAUAUGUCACGACAGAAGAAGAGGAUGAUCUUAUACCGCCUGCGCGUCCGGUACGUGCGGCGAAUCGUACGAUGGAAGGAUCAAGCCAGUUGUUGGAUGACGUCUAUGAUAAGUUACCGCCUGGUUGGAUGCGCAAGAUAACACCGCAGGGAAGAUAUUAUUACUGUAAUCCGGAAACAGAAGAAACAACAUGGGAGCUGGAAAAUAUUGAUCCAGAUACUGGAAUGCUAAUCCCUUCUCAACCCAACUCACCACCAUCAUCGCCUUCAGAGAUAUCAUUUGAUUUAAAGGAUACACCCAUCACUUGGUCCACACUCUCAGCCAUGAUAGCACACGCCAUUCAUAAUUUAAAAGAAUGCAUACGAGCAGGCAAGACGACGUACAUUCGACAGGAAUCGGCACAGGUCGUCCAGCGCAUCCGACUACUUCUUUACGUCUCCAACUGUCUCGACAAGGAAAGUUCAGUUCAUUUGAAAUCGAACAAGCAACUUCGUGCCGUCCAUCGAAACUUACUUGCAUCUGUGGCAAAACUGAUCUUGUCCGCCAAGAUGACAUCGUCUGCCUGGCCGAGUCCUGAAGCGCUUGGUAAAUUGAUGAACGAAGCAGAAGAGAUCCUUGUGUCCGUUCGCCACUUCAUGACCUGGGCUCAGGAUAUGCGUAUCGAACUCAAGGAAAAGGCAGGACCCACCUUGGCCGUUGACCGACCGCUCUGGAAGAAUCCGAUCCAGGUCAACUCACAGCACUACCACCGUGCCAUGCUGAGCGGACAGCCUGACGCAGUGACAGCGAUCAUGGUCUUGGCUGAUAACGUCCGAGGUGCUAUUAGCUCGUUUAUGGAAAGUAUCAGGGAUGCCUAUAGUCACAUUCACAAUGAUCAGGAUAUCAAGAGCACGCUAAGGAAACUGAAAGCGAAUGCGCCGCUCCUCGUAGCCCAGUUUCGAAAUCUGAGCAAUACGACCAGUCAGUUCAUGAACACGGUUGAACAGGUCCAUGAGGACGAUAACUUGAAAUCAGUGGCUAUCAUGAAGGCCAAACACCCAAUCUAUGCUGCCAUGGGCUCCCUCUUUGUCGUCACACAGCAAAUCACAAACAGUGGGAUGGACAUUGUCGAGGCGGAGGCAGCUUACGAGCGUAUCAACGAAGCAGUUCAGGCUAUCGAAAACGGUAUUGAGAACGCAGUCGAUUACUCGCAAAUGGAUGAAGAAGAAAUUGCAGAAGAAGUCAAGACCGAGGAUGAAGAGGUAAAGGAAGAAGAGCAUCAAGAACAGCCCAAGCCAUCGUCGUCAAGUAACCCAUCACCUGUAAAGGAUGUCAAAAUUGCCAAGUUCUUUGGUGAAGAUCCUCCUCCUCCUCCUCGAAAUCCUUCACCGACGACACCCUCCUCGCCUAGUGCAGGGGUUCCCGCUACAAACACGCAGGGUGAGGUGCCUUGGUUCCUCGCAGCAGAUAUUGAUCCAAAUGAGAUUGCGCUUAAUGUCGAAGGUCAAGUCAAGGGUGGUACACUGCAUGGACUGGUUAAACGGCUGACUCAGCAUGAUCAAUUCGAUGCUAAAUUUAAUACAACAUUCUUGUUGACUUAUCGCUCGUUCUGCUCGACGGAGGAACUAUUCAAUGAACUUUUCCAAAGAUACCAACUUCAACCACCUGAAGAAUUGACAGCAGAAGAAAGAGAACAAUGGAGCGAAAGAAAGCUGAAGCUUAUUCGUUUGAGAGUAUUCAAUGUGAUAAAAUCGUGGCUCGAGACAUACUAUAACGAAGAAGAAGACCGGCCGAUGUUACUUGAGCUGAGUCAAUUCACAGACCAUGUGAUCUCUCAUUCGAUGAAGUUUGGUGCUGAGCAACUCACCAGACUGAUCAAGAAACGCAUGCUUGCAGAAGAAUCCGGUCAGAUUCGCAAGAUGAAGCUAAACGUGCGUCAAAAAGAGAUGCCUCCAUCCAUUCUUCCAAAGAAUAUGAAGCGCAUUAAACUACUAGAGUUGGAUCCUCAUGAACUGGCACGACAGAUGACGAUUAUGGACUUCCGGUUAUACAACCGUAUCAAGCCAGUCGAAUGUCUCGACAAGAACUGGGGAAAGCCCGACACGGAAGAGGGCACACAUAUUGCUGCUAACGUUAAGGCAUCGAUUGAACACUCAAAUCAGGUCACUGCCUGGGUGACAGACUCUAUUUUGAGCAAAGAAGAAGUGAAGAAGCGAGCGGCUGUGUUAAAACACUGGAUCGCUGUGGCUGAUCGAUGUCGUAUACUCAAUAAUUUUAAUACCUGCAUGGCCAUCCUGUCUGCAUUUGACAAUGGUUCUAUUGGUCGACUCAAGCGUACGUGGGAACUCAUCAAUGGACGAUCCAUACAAAUCCUUCGAAACAUUCGUCGUGUGAUGGGGGCUAACCGUAACUUUAGCAACUACCGAGAGAUCAUUCAUCGGGUCAUCCCCCCUUGUAUACCUUUCUUGGGUAUUUAUCUGCAGGAUUUGACGUUUAUUGAAGAUGGAAAUUCAAACUUUUUGAAAAAGUCUAAUAAUUUCAUUAAUUUUGCUAAACGUAUGAAGACAGCUGAGGUCAUUCAGGAUUUACAACAGUAUCAAUCAAUACAUUAUAUGUUGAAUGCAGUGCCAGACAUACAAGAAUUCAUAAAGACACACUUACAGUCAAGUCGUGAUGAAGAAGAGUUGUAUAACCUUAGUUUGAAACUUGAGCCAAGGGAACAUGGCGAAGAUACGAUUGCAAGAAGAUUAAAGGAGUCAGGAUUAUAA